GGGUUCGUCUAAAUUUGGAGCAAGCAAGCAAGCGGGCGAGCGAGCGACCGAGCGGCGAAUUGGGCGCGCUGGCGACGGGAGCGAGCGAAACGCGGCGAACAACCGAAACACUGUGGCAUUGGCAAUGGCAGCGCUUGUCGCCCUCCGUCAGUGUGUGAGUCGCGAUAAACGCGAGCGAAACGGGCGCCGCGACUGAGGACCGCGUACCGAGCACACGCACACCACCGCACCACCGCACACCGACCCGUACACAUACGGGGGGCGAGAGAGCGCAUGCUCUCCGCCACACACACGCUGCUCGCCGCCUCUCCGCUUUGUGGCGCCGCGCGCCUUUUGUCGCAGCAGCAAACACGCAAUAAAAGUUCAAAAACAGUUGAAGUAUACCGCGACGCGAGUAAAAAUCUUUCCUUCGACGUCGUCGCUGUUCGUUGUAGUAGUUGUUGUUGUUGUCGCCGUUCUUCCUACAGUGUGUUCCGCCGUUCCGCGAAUUUUCAUGUGCAUUCGCACAUACGUGCGUAUGUGUGGCUGGGCAAAAUGUUCUCUCGACCAUCCGUGGGAUCCGACUUGAUUGGGCAUAAGAAAGAAAAAUAAAUUUCCUACGAUAAACAGACAUUGCAACGCAAGAGAAAGAACUUCGGGGAAAAGAAAAUCCGAGGAAAAUGCCUCUCGAAAACGUCAGUUACGUGACCCAGAACCAAAAAUAAGGAAUGGAGCGACCUAGUCAACAAGCAAGAUAUUUUGCAUUUAUAAAGCUUAUAAUAAAGACUUCUAAGAAGUUGCCAAACCAAAAUAUGCUAGUUGUAUAAGUCAUAUAAGUCUGAACUUUUCUUAAACAAAAUAAAGGAUCUCCUUUUAUAUUUCUAUGAAAA